AGGAGUGAUGAAAAAAGGCUGAUACUUUAUUGAGAUUGAUGCUUGAUUCGAAUUUAACUAACAGCUCACCUUGCACAUGCCUAGGAAUGUUUUUGAUAAUUUGUAUUGGUUUUUGGAUGCUAACUUCAUGUUUUGUGAAUCGCAGUAGUGGGUUUUAUCAUGAUCCAAAUGCUGGUUGGUAUUAUUGUAGCAAGGAUGGUCGUUACUACAAGCAUGAGAAUGGCGAAUAUGUUCGCUUGGAAUAUGAAGAGUCUGGUGGUCCUGUAGAUAUCGUCACUUGUGAUCUAUCCGAAGAUGACUCAAACAGAAAGUAUGCUCUUCAUCAGGCUGAGAAUGUAGAAAGUGAGUAUAAAGUUUCACUGAGUAAUCCUGGAGAAGCUCCUUCAGAUCCAACAGGGUCCUCAAAUGACCAGGAACCUGAACAUCCUCAACGCCCUUCCUCAUGGGUGGAAGAUGCACUUAUCGAACUUUAUUUGGCUGGUUAUAAACAAGAGCCCAGUUAUUCCAGCUAUAAGAUGACUUCAGGGGAAAGUACUCAGGAUCAUCAUAUGUUGUCAGCUAAUGGAGACGAUGAGGCUGAGGAACUUGAAGACGGAGAAUGGAUUCCUGAAGAGGAUUUUGAUCCACAGGAAGACAACUUCAGUGAAGAUGCUCGUUCAAGCGAGGAAGAAAGAUGGCUAGCACAAUAUGGCCAAGUCAUCAAAUCCCCUGAGAUCCUGUCUGUUGAUUUGUGGGAUUGGAAACUUGUUUCGGAAACCAAAGAAGCUUUAGCUGACAGUGAACAGGUGGCUAGGUUAGUAGGGAGGCUGGUCAGACGGAAAGUACCUGGAAAACGUCCAAUGAACUCCAGAAACUGAUAAGUAAGACAUAUGGAAAAGUCGUUGGAGAUUUGAUGACACCUUCUCCUCUCGUUGUUCGUGAUUCUACCAAUUUAGAAGAUGCAGCCAGGUUGCUUCUGGAAACAAAGUUCCGAAGAUUACCAGUUGUGGAUGUAGAUGGAAAACUGAUUGGGAUCCUUACAACGGGAAACGUUGUAAGGGCUGAGCUGCAGAUCAAACCGGAAGCCGAGAACUCUAUAUAGCUAGGAAGCAGCAGUGAUGGAGUAGAUCCCUUGAAUCUUCCAUAGUUGAUAGCAAAAUCUAUUUAUUCCAUUGAUAUAAGUAUAUAUAUAUGUCAAUUUUUGGCUUUCAGAAGCUAAAUUUUUUUACUUUAGGAGUAACAUUUCGUAGACUCAGAACUGAAGACAAAUGGUAUUUGAUACAUAUAUG